GCGCACGCUCGGUCUACCGUAAAAACUAAAAAGCUGUUCCACCGUUGGCGCCCGUCGCACGUACGAGACCGCUCCUCCCUCUGCAACGCGUUUCGACCGCGAGUCACAACAGUUUUCCGCUCAACGCCGUCGCGACCGCAUUCUCCCGGUGCAACAGAGUACAAUACGCACGUGUGUCGCAUUCGAUUAACAACAACAAUUCUCCAAAACAUCAUAUCGCGAGUGACAACUUGACGCAUAAUACAUAACAUAACAAUAUACUGCUGGUGUCCGGGAGCAGUGAGUUUCCGAAAAAAUAAAACACCCGCCGCUCUGAAGACCGCGURUCAGCAUCACUGCUGCUCUUCGCAUAUCGUACAUGACACCGCAUCAGACAAGGAUCUAGAACAAUGUAUAGCAGACCCAAUCAAAAUCAAGGCGAAGCGAGACUCGAACUGUUACUGGACGACUUGCAAUCCACUCUUCCACGUAAAAACCAUGGACUCAGUAAYACAUCGUCAACUGGGUACAGAGAAGUUACUAAAAGUACAUCAAGGACGAUUGGUAACGGUCAAACAGAAACUAACAAGGAAUAUGAAAUCCAAUAUCUCAAUCCGGCCAACAAAUCCACAAUGCUCACAGAAAGAUUACCCGAUCUUCAAUCGGUUGACUUACUGCGACAAACCAACAAUGGAAAAAAUUCCGGUUACGAAACGGUUUCGUCGUACCAGUAUAAUAAAUCGACAGAAAGCAAAAAUACAGUUCCCAGACAAGAAACGAACGGUGUUAACAUGAGACAAAGUAUUUCUGAACUCGAUUCGUUAUUAGACGAUUUGAAUCAUGCUCAGAGAGUUGGAUUUUCCAAUUCCGGAGUUAAUAGACACGAAAUAACAACUAACGAAUCCGGCAUUGAACCAUUAAGGAGCAGUACGCCGUAUAAACAGCAAUAUAGUAAACACGAAGAACAUAGGUAUGGAAGUCUUAACCGAUCUAAAAUKCCAGGGACCAGUGAAGUGGUUUCCACCUACGAAACGUCGACGACAAGCGGACAACCUUUAGAUUUAGAUUUGACCGAUGCUCCUCGUAGUUAUACUAAAUUACUUCAAAAYCAAGGUCCGGGAACUUAUCAGACCUCGGUUUAUUCAAAAGAAACUACGAAAAAAAUAAUACCGGGYACCACAACUUAUUCGACGUACCAAAAAUUCGGUUCACCUACAACGGACCAAGGUCAAUCUAAAGUGUAUAACUAUUCAGAAGAGUAUCGUUCUGAUAGUAGGAAUCGUUCGUUGAGAGAUUUGCCACCGUCUCCUCGUCCGCUUAGAUCUUCAUCUCCGCGUUCACCGUCACCGCACCGUUCGCCGUCACCCAUGUCGUUUGCUCAACCACCAGAACCUAAAAACUAUUCUAGUAGUCAUACUUAUACGAACAGAACAACGUCACCUCAGUCGGUCCAGAAGUUCAGUCCAUCUGAUCCAAGCAGAAUCAACGAAGAGGUGACCUGGGUCGCUCAUGCCACGCCCCCUGUAACCCGCCGUUUCCCCGUGAGCGUGGAUAAUAACUUAACUUCACCGCCUGGCCAGACGGUUUACUCGUAUAAAUAUUCAAGCGAGACCAGAGAGAACACAAAAUAUGGACAGCCAAAUGGGUACACAAAACCUAUACACCAAGAACAAUUGCCACUACGCCAUUCGCCGUUCCCAAGAGAUGAAGCUGACACACCUGGGCUGCAGAAUCCACCGAAACGGUUAGACGACUUAAUGGCAUCGUUUGGUGACAGAACAGAUUACACCAACUACCACAGUAAUAGAGAAUACCACUCGAACGUCAAGGAUUACCAGUCCAAGUCUAAAGAUUAUGAACACGACAAGGCAGCAGAAUACACGAUUCCGAUUAAGAAACCACAUCCGGAUAAUCUAGCUCCUGAAAGUAAAGGCCCUGAGAAAUUGUCGGAAGUUAAAGAAACUGAAGUGACUCAGUCGGUCGCCGGGCCGCCAGUGUUUUAUCCUCCCGGAUCAACGACGUUUGUGAAGAAGGACGAAGUAAUGCAACAGCAAGGUCAAUUCGGUCAGGGACAAAUGAAGGCCAAGGCCAAAGGAAUGUACAAGUAUAAAAGCAAAAGCAAAUCAAAGGAAAAACAAAGUUCUGGAGCAACAAUGGUGCCAGUAUGUUUGCCAAUGUGCUGUGCCAUGCCAUGUGUUAUUAUGUAACCUAAGACAUUAUAUUUAUAUAACUUUACUAAUUUAUAAUUAUUUACUAGACAUAAAUAAUAAAAAUAAAAAUAAAUCUUAUG